AUGGCUGCCUUCACUCUCACCUUUGCUCCCACCACCCGCUCCUUCGGCCGAUCCGGCUACAACAAGGACGGUGACGACGACUCCAACGGACGCAGCGGCCGAUCCGGCUACAACGGUCCUCAGGGCGCCGACUUUGGCCGCUCUGGCUACAACGGCCCCAGCGACGACGACUCGGAGGGCAACAAGGGCCGCUCAGGUUACAACGGCCCCAAUGACGACGACGAGUGA